AACACUGAGGGAAGAGAGUGGCUGUGGUGCAGAGAUUCCUGCAGCCGAGUUGACUGGAUGUUCACAUGUGGACAAUGAAAUGGACAAUGAGAAAGGAGGGAGAAUCCUGAAUGAGGACAUUGCAGUGGCAUACUACGACCAGAUGCUGCUGCUGAAGAGCGACAGUUUGAUGUAUUGAUGUGUGUUCUUAUGUAUGCUUACAGGAUUGGAUGUUGUUUUAUCAUGUAUGAUCUGUUUUAUUAUUAGAUGUUUACUCUUGCUUACAUUUCCCUACAUAGGGGGAUAUUUGAAUCAGUGAUAACACUAGUAUGUUUAGUUUUGGGUAUUUCUAUAACUCUAUGAUUGCUGUGAAUUGUUUAUGAUAAGGGGAUGUUUUCUCCUAGGAGGUGAGUACUUUGGGAUCUCAGGUGUUUUCUUUUUUUCGAUUGUUUAGGGACAGUUAUGUUAGGCAGGAGGAGGUCCACUGAAGGGUACGAUGGGUCGACCAGCCUGACUUUGGACACUUUUUGAGUUUUAUUUCUGUGAUUCCCAAAUGUAUUUGCUUUCACUUAUUUCACAGAAUCCUUUGAACCUCUUUUCUGAUUGGCUUGGAGUAUCUUAUAUGGUCGCCUAGGCAGAGGGACUGUGGGAGAAUUUUCCUGUCUUGAUUGUUUGAUGGAUAAUUUGGGAAAGAUAGCUGCCAGGCAGGUUUUUCGCUCUCACACUCCAUAAAUUUAUUAUGUUGCUGAGCUUGUGCCAUGAUUAGCAUGGACAGACGAAAUGUCAUAAACAUUCUGUGUGUGACUCUUAUGUACUCAAUAUUACGAUAAUUAGUGAGACUUAUUUAGCGAGACUGUCUUAUUUAUGUAAUAAAUUAUAUUAUAAAAGUAAGUGUCAACGGACGUUUUCUUCAACAUCUGCACAUCCUUGAGGUCUAAGAGGAAACUACGACAUGUCUUCCCAAACACCCUGGCUGGUUUAGAAAUGGCAGAAGAUACUUUUAAAGAUGUCACAGAGGAAGACUAGUGUGAAUUGUGGUGUUUGACAGUAUUUGAUUUAAUGACGUUCCUAAUCCACCUUUGAGUACAUGUAGGCUAAAUAUACAAAUAUGGCAGCACAAUAUCUUCAGAGUCCAACAGGAAUAUCUGUAGCUGUAACAUUCAAAUGUGACUGUAGUCACUUCAAUACAUGCAAUAGGUGCUCAUGGCUCCCUGAUAGGGCGGAUAAACCAUUGUUUGUUUUGACCAGAUCAAAUCCCUUUACUUCCCUUCCCUUUUUUUUUUUUUUUUUUUUUUUUAAAUAUUGUCAGUGGUUAACGUGCUCUGAAUGACGGCUAGGACGUGGAUGACUGAACGAGUUUUUACUGUUUUCUGAGUGACUAGUUUAAACAACGUGGUCUCAGUUUGUUCCGAUGUAUUUUAGCAAAUCAAGCUGAUGUUGUGCUGCGUGUUGUUCUGAUGGGAGGCUGCUGAGGGUCUGAGUGUUUCUGCGAACAAACCCGAGUUAAGCUCGAAGUUCUGGUCUGGAUCUGUUCCACUGAACACACAAACUAACACACAACACAGCAGUGGACGUGCUUCUAUGUUGUGGGUUUUCUUGGUGAGUCAAUAAAUAGUUUUGUGACUCGUUCUUAACCAGGCAGCCUGUGUUAAGUUGUGAUUAUCCCCAGGUGACAUGGGCGUGUUUCCUGAACAAUCACCAGGUGUUAAACACCUGACAGAAUGACAGUGCUCUAUGUAGAUGAAGCAGAAUGCUUGCAGAACUGGUCGGUAGCACAAUGAGUAAAACGGUGGUUUCGUAAUUUUAUUGCUGGAUUACGUGGGUUCGAAUCCUUUCACCGUACUUGAAAAAUACGUGUUUUUUAUUUCGGCCCGCACAUUUCUUUUUACUGUCUGUAGAUCAUAUUUACAUGGAUAUAGACUUUAUUAAGUAGUGAUGCCAACGUUUUUCGGCGAGGUCUUCUUUAUCUGGUAUCUUUAUUUCACGUAAAUCCAGGUCUGAUCGUGACGAAUCUGCGAACGAAACAUCUGGAGACGGAAACUAUCGCCAGUUAACCUGAUCACCAGUCAAACUGGAACACCGGCAUUUAAAAAAAACUAAACAGCGAAGGUGUGCAUUGCUCUUCACGGAACUCUCUGUUCUUCAUAAUUUUAAUAUGACAGCCAGACCUGUACCGUGGGUGAAUGAAGAGGUCGAGACUUUUCUGUCUUUGGUGGUGGACCAAAGAAUACAGAGGGAGCUGGACGGAGAAAGUUUAUCAGGAGGUCUCUGAGCGGAUGGCCACCCACGUAUACAGUAGACUGUCUAUAAAGAGCACAGAAGCAGUGUAGGGAGAAGCUGAAAAAGCUCAAAAAUGACUACUGGUCCACCAAGGACCACAGCGGCCGGCGUGGGUCAACCAGGAGGUGUUGGAAGAGGUUUAAUGGACGCUAUUUACUGGCACCGCACCGCCAGCAACAGGAGGGAGACACAGCUGCUGCAUUGUUGGAGACGUUCGAGGACGGGUGAAUGUUUAUUUCUGUUGAAGAAUCCCUUUCGACGUGCGAAGCCUGCUCCACCUCCGUCAUGGAGCCCCCCGCUCCCCUGCCUCCUCUCCAGCACCAGCACCAACUCGGACACCGACCCUGUCAACAUCAACCUCCAGCACGUAACAGCAACGUCUUAUCACUGGCAAGGGGAAAAUAGGCCACAGAAAAUUGGACCUUCCAAGCGUACUUGUGGAGAUGCAGGCUGAGGAGGAGUGGAGUCAUGCCCAGCAUGAUGAGAACAUCUGGUUGCUCCUCAGCGAGGCAUGAGAGAAUGAAGCGGCCUUGCAGUGGGAGGAGAUGGCCCAGAAUGCUGCCUUCAACCAGUCAUUCCUGGGUGUGCUGGGGCAGCUGGUGCAGGUAGUCCUGGGUGUGCUGGGGCAGCUGGUGCAGGUAGUCCUGGGUGUGCUGGGGCAGCUGGUGCAGGUAGUCCUGGGUGUGCUGGGGCAGCUGGUGCAGGUAGUCCUGGGUGUGCUGGGGCAGCUGGUGCAGGUAGUCCUGGGUGUGUUGGGGCAGCUGGUGCAGGUAGUCCUGGGUGUGCUGGGGCAGCUGGUGCAGGUAGUCCUGGGUGUGCUGGGGCAGCUGGUGCAGGUAGUUCUGGGUGUGCUGGGGCAGCUGGUGCAGGUAGUCCUGGGUGUGCUGGGGCAGCUGGUGCAGGUAGUCCUGGGUGUGCUGGGGCAGCUGGUGCAGGUAGUCCUGGGUGUGCUGGGGCAGCUGGUGCAGGUAGUCCUGGGUGUGCUGGGGCAGCUGGUGCAGGUAGUCCUGGGUGUGCUGGGGCAGCUGGUGCAGGUAGUCCUGGGUGUGCUGGGGCAGCUGGUGCAGGUAGUCCUGGGUGUGCUGGGGCAGCUGGUGCAGGCAGUGGGCAGCCAGAGUCCACCUCCCAGAGACUUGAGAUUUAGUUGUAUAUAGUUUUACUUUUAGCCCUCCACUGUAGGAGAGGCCCACCACAGUUUGUACUUUGCACAUUGUAAAUAGUUUGGAUUUUGCUGCUGACUAAUAAACUAUUUUGUGACUUC